AUGGAAUCCCCAAAUUUAACGCAAACGUCCAAUAACGAUGCCGGGCUGAAGAGAAAACGUACUCCUGAUGAUGUUGGACGCCCACGACCGAGUGUUGGCAAUGUGACGCAGAUUAACUACUUGGUGAAGUCGCGGGCUGAGAGGUUGCAAUUGAUAGAUGGGGGUGCAGAUACUUUUGGGGAGGUAUUGGGGAUGAUUGAUGAUUAUGAAGGUGUUUUACAACGCCACGAAAGUCUGGCUGCCAAUCUUGGUGCCAAACUCGUUGGUCCUCUUCUCCUCAAGUCGCUUGAGAAGUUGUUCGAUGGUCCCAUCAAGGCAUUUGGCAUGGAGCAAUCACCUGCAACCUGGCUUGAUAUCGUCACCUUCGCUCGUACCAAUCCAGGGGACUUCUUUCUUAGCGAUUCUUCUGUCCCGGGCGUUAGAACUUGCCGCUUCUGGAUCAAAGGAGCUCAAAUCGAGAUCUCAGAAGACGAUUAUAGAUUGAUUGUGUCAGGAGGUCCCGAACGCAUGAUUCCAACCCAGCCAAUUCCUGAAGAUGAAUCCGCAGAGCUGGGCACUUUGAACAUUUUAGAGACUCGCCUUGCUAUGCUCAUCAAAAAAGCCGAUGCGGUUGCCAGCAAAGCAAGGCAGCUGAACUACCAUCUCAAAGGUCGAAAAGCAGCAGUCAUGAGUCGACAGCCGGCCGCAGCAGCCGCUGAGAUAUCCCCAGAGGCUCACACCUUCUCUCCCCAACCAUUCGCAGCCAUCAACACCACCAGAAUAUCAAACGUUCCCAGUAAUGAUGCAACAAAUAUACAACAGCAGCUUCUUGAGCAGUUUCUCACCGGUGAUCGAGGUCGAUCAAUGCCACCACAAUCUCGCGGCAAAGCCAGCCGUUCUUCAGAUACAGCAAGCCAGCAUAUCUUCAACGGAACUCCAGACGCAGACACCCGACGUAUGUCUCAUAUCCACUCUUCUUCGGACGAUGGCAUGGAAGGCCAAUACCGAGUUUUAAUGGCUGCCAAGAUCGAGAAGCUGGCUCGUGGUGACCCCAUCUACCCACCUUGCGAUAGAUGCCGACGGUUGAAAUUUGAUUGUACGAAACACCUUACUGCGUGCUCAGCUUGUACGAAAAAACAUGCAAAGUGUUCUUGGAGGGACAUCCAAGAAGGUGAACUGGAAUAUAUGCCGCAUAUACCGAUACCCGGUGGUGAACUUCGGCUUCUUGGAGAAAAUGGAUAUGGGACAUCUCCAAUUGAUGAACAUGCCAAUCCGGGACAAAGACCAUUCGAGGGAAUUACGAGCGGAACUGUCUUUCAUCAACCAGCUCCUGAAGCCCAAAUGAGCCCACAGCAAAUCGAGCAGCCAAAUCCAGAACAUCGACCAGAUCAAUUAUCAAACGACCAUGCAACUUUGACGCAAAUCGCAUCAGCGGCUGCUGCGGCAGGAGUCAGAUAA